ACUAGCAGCAACAUUAGAGUGUUCGCAUCCAUCGGCAGAUCCAACAGAACGACUGGCCUCGGAAAAAAGAUCACCGAAAAGAGCUUCAUCUUCAUGACAGACAACAGUUUCGACUUCCGAGAGAGUAGCCUGCAUUGCUUGCAGAAAUUCUUCCAAGCAGUGGACAGCAAGACUUUCACAGCUGCUUUCAGCAUUCGCAAACUCAACACCAGCUCCAAACAGUGUAGGCAGUACAUCAAUGAAAGAAGCAGUCGAUUGCAACAACUGGUUGUCAGAAUCAACAAACGAAUUCUCUUUUGUAAGACAUCCCAUCAGCUUGAAUAUUCGUAUGCAAAGAAGAAUAAGGCGGUGGAUGCAUCUCAAAUGAACAAUAGCCCAGUGCUGAAAAAGAGUACUCAGUUUAUCGACAUUGCGGGGAAAAGAUUGUCUAGACGUAACAGGAUUGACAAUAUCGACUUGUACACAUUCAGCAAU